AUGAAUUCCGAAUCCAACAUGACGGCAGUUCUCAUCGAUCCACAGCUCGAGCUGCUGGAUCAGGGCACCGCCAUUCAAGGCACGCAGUACCAAUAUCCCCUCCCCACUACCGUCUUCGAAUCAUGGAACUCCUUGUUCGAGUCAACAGGGGACUUCCCGCCAUCCGCACAAGAAGGUCUGGACUUGAUGGACUCGGACUUGCACAGCGACGAGUCGUCUUCCUUGUCCUUGUCCCUCGGAAACGAGCAGGAUGUGCAAUUCCCACUGUCUCCGCUGGGAAACACUGCCAUUGUGGACGAGUCCCCCGGAAACACAUCCAUCUCCACGGGGCUCUCCGAGGCUGGCGCCAGCGCCGACAAAACCACAACAAAGGCCACCGCUCCCAAGGUCAAAAGGCCGCGCCGGCGCCGCAGUGAGACGGAAAAGAGGGAGCAGAUCAAGCAGCGCAACAGGGUGGCGGCUUCAAAGUGCCGCCAGAAGAAGAAGGAAAAGGUCGACGAGCUCAAGGAGAUCAAGAACAGCCUGGAGGCGCGCAACCACGACCUCCACGUCGAGUUCCAGCGUCUUCGCCAGGAGAUUGGCCAGGUCAAGAGCCAUCUAAUACAGCACACCGAGUGCAACGACCCCAACAUUAACCGCUGGGUCGAGAACGAGGCCAAGGGCUUCGUGCAGAAGCUGGUGCGCAAGGAGGAGGAGGAGCAGCAGCAGCGCAUCGGCAGCAUCGGCAGCUCUGACGGGUUUGCCGAGGCGAUGCGUGUGAGCUCCAUUCAAGAUCCCUACAUGGGGUUGGGUUGA